AUGAAACGAUUUUUGAGCUUUUUACUGGUUUUGUCUGUAAGAGGCCAGGAAGAGAGUGAAGAGGAGGGGCCACAGGUUGAUCCAAAUGUUUUAUUCAUGACGCAAUAUGGAUCGAUGCAAGGCUCGUUGGCGAUUCCUUUUCUGAUGGCCGGAGGAGGGAAUGGCCAGUCAGCAGAUUAUUUACAGUAUUUGCUUCUUAAAAACAGCGACACAUGCGACGACGCAACAAAAGCCCUAACGUACAUGAUGAUGUUUACGUCUGACGAUGUUAUCCCCCUUCUUCCGAUGAUGAUGACUAGGCUGUCUUCUAAUUAUAAAACGCUGUCGAUGUUUUAUCUGAUGAACAAGUUGAAUCGACGAGUGCUUGAUCCGUACGGCCGAGUCACUAGAGCCGGUCUAGACAUGCAAUCAUUGAUGAUUUACCAAGAUCUCAGAAAAUCUUGUGGCACUUCUUCGACAACGACCACUGACGCGACGACUACGACGGUGACCACUACUACGACAUCUAUUACAACAACAUCUGUCGCCAAUGGUGCUUUUCCGCUAGCGCCCAUCGGCUAA